UCAAAUUUACUGUAUUUUUUUCUUUUCCAAAAUAAUUUUCUAUAUACAGUAAAAAGAUAGCAAGACGGUGCUGGGGUCUGGUGAUGACAUUUCAAUUUCAGUAAGGUAGUAACAAUGAUUUUUUUUUUUUUAUUGAAUAUAAUUGAGAAGAUUUUGUUUUUACGUGGGCUUGGCUUUCCUUCAUGUUCCGUCAUGUUGUUCGGUUUUCUUUUUUGGAGAGUUUCGAUAAAGCUGUAGAAUGGUUUUUCUUCUUUGACUGUCCGUCUGAGCCUCAACCCUUUAAGAUAAAGGACAGAAGAAAGGAAAACUGAAAAGCCAUGGAAGAAGACAAGUUGGACUACCUACUGGCUCCUUUGGGGCUGCUGAUGCUCGCUCUCUAUCAUGUUUGGCUUCUAUUUACCAUUCUCAAGCAUCCUACAAGGACUAUCAUCGGCUUAAAUGCCGAGUCUCGUCACCAAUGGGUUUUCUCCAUGAUGUCUGAUCCAUUGAAAAAUGGUGUUUUGGCAGUACAAACAAUACGCAACAACAUAAUGGCAUCUACACUUUUGGCAACAAUAGCAAUUACUCUUAGUUCACUGAUUAGUGUUUUUGUUAGCAGCAGCUCAGACUCUGGCAAUGCAACUUCAGAAAUAGUUUAUGGCAAUAAGAGUCCUCUACUCUCUUCAAUCAAGUAUUUUUCCAUCUUGCUGUGUUUCCUUGUUGCCUUUCUUUGCAAUGUGCAGUCUAUUAGAUACUAUGCCCAUGUAAGCUUCUUGGUUACUCUCCCCUCAUCGAUAGACAAUAUGGAGUCUGUUGAGUACGUUGCAAGAAACUUAAAUAGAGGAAGUUUUUUCUGGUCACUUGGACUGCGAGCCUUUUACUUAUCCUUCCCCCUAUUGCUUUGGAUCUUUGGGCCCAUUCCCAUGUUUUUAUGCUGCUGCAUGAUGUCAUUUCUUCUCUAUUUCUUGGACACAACAAGCAGUUUCACUCGUCAACUUCACCGCCACUCAUUCAAUGAGGAAAUGUUGAAAGCUGGUGAUUUGGAAUCGAUUGGUCAAACAUUGGAGAAAAUUUGUUUUGAAGAAUCCAAGCUUCAUUGCCCUCUACUACAUGCUGGCCCUGGCCCUAAUUCUUCCGGAAUCUCAAAUCUCCACUAAUCAAAGAGCAUAGAAGAUGCCUACUCCAAGAUUUAAUGGUAAUUCUUCAGGAUCUAUCAAAUUAAACAUACUAUUAGAUUUUGGUAGAACUAGAGUUCCAAAAGAUUCAAAUUUGAACUUCAGGGACUAAGAUAGUAUUUGGGAGUGUUUGUACCAUAUUAGAAAAUCCUAAAAGUUGGUGUUGAAUUGGUUUAAUUUUUUGAUAGGGAUGAUGAGAGCUUUACAAAAGUUGUCAUUCCAUCUAUGUAAUCAGCACAGGAACAUAUUAGUUGACUUGGUAUCGUUAUUAAACAUUUGUUGAUUGAUAUAUAUAUAUUUUUUACUUGAGUACCUCCACUUGUAGAUGGGGUUAUAGCUUUUAUAACUAUUCCUAUAAUUUUUCCUUGUUCUUAAGUUGUUCCUUUCUUUUAAAUACUCAUAUUUUGUUUUAUUUCAUUGUGUGUUACCAUAUCUGCUUGUGCUUGCAGAUUAUAAAGUUAGUGAGAUUUGAACUUGGGACCGCUAUAUAGAUGCUCUGACGCUUUGUUUACUCCAUAUACCCUUCUGAAUAUCACAUCUAUUUCUAGCCCUCAUAUUUUACUCACAAUGGUUUCUCCUGAGGACUUUGAUCUUCAUUCUCAUAGAGAAAAUUUCUUUGAAGAAUCCAACCUUGUAUCCCCUCUACUAUGUCUGGGCAACAAUCCUUUGAGAAUCUCAAAUCUUCACCAGUCGAGUAUAAAGCAGGCCUAUUCCAAGAUCUUCAGUAUCCAACAUUCUAUUAGGUUUUGAUAGAAUUAGAGUUUCAUAAGACUCAAUUCAAGCAUACCUAAGCUUCGUUUGGAUGCGCCGUGCAUGCCGUAUUAUGAUUGGACCCUUACAGGCCCAGUCAUAAAGCGCAGCUUCAGUGAGGACUCCCCACAAC